CCGGCCGGCAGGCAGGCAGACGGAGUCGGAGGAGGGUGGCGGCGGCUGUGCUCGCUGGUGAGGGCGGGAGGGAGUGAGUCACUGAGCGUGUGUGAGGGAGGGAAGGAGCGAGCGAUCGCGCCCGCACCCUGCGCCGGCUGUCUGCAGCACCAGCCAGGCCCUGCCGCUGCCCGCAGCCCUGCGCCGAGGCCGGGCCGAGCCGAACCGAGCUGGGUCGGGCCCGGGCCAUGCUGCUCACCGUGUACUGUGUGCGGAGGGACCUCUCCGAGGUGACCUUUUCCCUCCAGGUCGACGCUGACUUCGAGCUGCACAACUUCCGCGCGCUGUGCGAGCUCGAGUCCGGCAUCCCCGCAGCCGAGAGCCAGAUUGUCUACGCUGAGAGACCUCUCACCGACAACCACAGGUCACUGGCUUCUUACGGCUUGAAAGAUGGAGACGUGGUGAUUUUACGACAGAAGGGGACCGCAGACCCUCGGCCUUCGGUGCAGUUUCCAAACCUGCCCCGCAUAGACUUUCGUAGUAUAGCUGUGCCUGGCACAUCGAGCUCCCGGCAGCGGCAGCCACCAGGAGCACAGCAGCCCCACUCGUCCCCCGGAGACCUAGCUUCAUCUCCCCAGGGCCUGGACAACCCGGCCUUGCUCCGAGACAUGCUGCUGGCCAACCCCCACGAGCUGUCCUUGUUGAAGGAGCGCAACCCGCCCCUGGCAGAUGCCUUGCUCAGUGGAGACCUUGAGAAAUUUUCUAGGGUCCUGGUGGAGCAGCAGCAAGACCGAGCCCGGAGAGAGCAAGAAAGGAUUCGUCUCUUCUCCGCUGACCCUUUUGAUCUUGAAGCUCAGGCCAAAAUAGAAGAAGAUAUAAGGCAACAGAACAUCGAGGAAAACAUGACGAUAGCGAUGGAAGAAGCUCCGGAAAGUUUCGGCCAAGUCGUGAUGCUUUAUAUUAACUGCAAAGUGAACGGACAUCCUGUGAAAGCCUUUGUUGACUCAGGUGCCCAGAUGACUAUUAUGAGCCAAGCGUGUGCGGAGAGGUGCAACAUCAUGAGGCUGGUGGAUCGUCGGUGGGCCGGGAUCGCCAAAGGCGUGGGCACCCAGAAGAUCAUUGGACGGGUCCACCUAGCUCAGGUUCAGAUUGAAGGCGAUUUCCUGGCGUGUUCCUUCUCGAUACUCGAGGAGCAGCCGAUGGACAUGCUUCUGGGGCUGGACAUGCUGAAACGGCAUCAGUGCUCCAUUGACCUCAAGAAAAACGUCCUCGUGAUUGGCACCACGGGCUCGCAGACCACCUUCCUCCCCGAGGGGGAGUUACCGGAGUGUGCCCGGUUGGCCUAUGGGGCCGGGCGAGAGGAGAUGAGGCCAGAAGAGAUUGCAGACCGAGAACUAGCAGAAGCCCUUCAGAAAUCCAUACAGGAUGCAGAGAAAAGCGGUGAAGAAACUACCUCACUGGGAAUGCCAUCGUUACCAAGUUCAGACGGGUGUGACCAUCCAGCCCGCCCCUCAGGGCAGAGUCCUGAGGUCGGUCAUCCUGCGGGUCUUGCUCAUUCUGUCUCUGCUUCAGUCUGCCCUGUCAAGCCCAAUGACCCGGACAGCAUCGAACCUGACGCUGGGAAGGCCCCGAAUUCUGCUGAAUUCCAGAGAGCCUCUGGAAAGAAAGAGCAUCUCCCCCCCCAGGACCUUGCUGGUCGUGCUCCUUCAGCAGAGAGUGCUCUGGCAGCCCAGAGUCCAGCCACGCAUGUGCAGAACUCACCCGGAGAAACCCCUGUCGCAGGUCAUCUGGAGAAGUCUCCUGCUGAAAGAAGCACUCGGAGUCUCCAGUCUCAUCUCCACACGAGACAGGAAGUAUCUGUCACAACUACUGGGGUGCAAGAGACACAGAGGUUUCGGGGUGAAGAAGGCUGGCACCCAGCAUGUCAGGAUCCGAGUCGAGCGGCUGGCCUGCACGAGCAACUGGGGAACGAGCAGCAUGAGGUUGUGCCACGGAACGUGCCCCAUGGCCAAGAACGUCUUUGUAUCACAGGGGACCUUGAACUUCUCGGGGGAAGGCAACAGAAUCGACCAGAAGGUGUUGAUGCAGAAGCUGCAAUGAAAGGGGACGGGCUGCAGCAGAACGCAGACCUCCCGUGCGUGCGGAGAGACAGCCUGCCUUCGGAACGCUGCGACUGCCCCGACUCGGACACGCUCAUGGAGGUGGACACGGCUGAACAGGCCCCGGUUGCUGCGCUCGGCUCAGCAGGUGGUCAGGAUGCCGAUGUCAAGAACAUCCGUGCAUCUGAGACCACCCUGGAUAACCCCUCAAUGGAAGUGGAAACAUCAAGAUGUAGUAACACUUCCUCUGAAAUGUUGAGUGAUUCCAUUUCCACUCAGAAUUUACGGUUCCCAGGACGCAGUGUGGAAAUGUCUGGAAUAAAGAAGGAAUGCGGGAGCUGCUCCCCCUCGGUAAGUCGGUGCGGCAGCUGUCAGCCCUGUGUGGAGGCGGCGGAGGGGCCUUGCUCGUCCAUAACAGCAGCCCUGAAGGAGCUCCACGGACUUCUGGUCACCAGUAGUAAACCAGCUUCAGAUAACACCUCUGAAGAAGUUAACUGUCAGUCCAAAACAGUCACUGAGGGCCAAACAGGUUUUGGGAUCUUUUCCGAAAGAUGGACCCAAAAUGAGCAGCUCACAGCCACCCAGAGUGAGCAGUGUUCCCAGGUCUCCUUCCAUCAGGCCGUAUCCGCAUCCGUGAAGACAGAGACAUUCACAGACACUUCGACUGGCUCUGGGAUGGAAGAUGCAGAAAGUACUAACUUCAGGGGUCCAGGUGAUGGCCUGUUAGCCGAUAAGAAAGGUGUCCCCGAGGCUAGGGAACCGGUGAGUGAGAGCAGUUCCGUCACCCUAGCCUCAGAUACAACCUCUAAUCAGUUACACUGCACCUUAGGUGUAGAAAUUUCACCCAGACUCUUAGCAGGUGAGGAGGGUGCACUCAGUCAGACUCCGGAGCAAACGAAGUCCUUGUCGUCAGACUUCAUCCUGGUGAAAGAUGCGGGUCCGGGCACACAGAACCCGGUGGCAGACAGGCCGGAGACCAGAGAAGAGGUCUGUCCCGAAGCCACAGGGCCACUUCGUGAAUUCGAGCCACCUACCAGCUACCCAUCAUCAAGCCCCUCCAUUCUCCCACCAUUCGUUUUUCCUGCUGCCGACAUUGACCGGAUCCUCCGUGCCGGCUUUACUUUGCAGGAAGCUCUUGGGGCUUUGCAUCGAGUCGAUGGAAAUGCAGACCUUGCACUUCUUAUUUUGCUAGCAAAGAACAUUGUAGUUCCUACGUAACCAUGGAAAAGUGGGCUAGACCAUACUCCAUUCCCUAAAAAAAAAAAGCUAUAUACACACACACUCUCCCCACAUAUGCAGUAUAUGUAGAAACCUGCGAGCAGAAUGUUGAGCCAGAUUUUUUUUAAAGAUUUUUUUCAGCCAAAGUAAUUUAUGAUCUCUUGUCUGAUGAUUUUGUCUAUUCUAUUUGUUAAAAUUUGGGCCUUUUUAAAUGUACUGGCAGUAUGUGCAUACGAAAGCUUUUUAUUCUCAUUAAGAUGAUGUAUUCUGGAAUAAAACCGAUGAUUUUGUGUACAGCA